UUAGUAGAAGCUGUUUUCCAGAAGAGGAGGCUUCUUUCUGCAGCCGCUAAAUCACAGCAGAGCCCCCACAAACCAAGUCGACUUUCCCAGCUCAGAGGUUGCUGCAAAAACCAAAGGACAACAAGGGGGUUGCUGGAAGAAAGCAGCAUGGAGCCUUUGGAUUAUGAGACUGCAGCCUUGAGGAGAGGAAGCUAUGAUGAUGCAGCUUCACUGCGUCCUCAUUUCAGACAUCUGGCUCAGCGUCGACGCUCCGCUCCAUCACUGGUCCUUGGGAAAGCUUUGGGAAUGCCAUGGUCUCCUAUCAGGGAGGAGGCUCCCUGCUGGGUGUCUGUGGAGCAGAGCCCAUUUGUCCUGGGAUUGACCAGCGAAAACGGAGAAUUGCUGCUGGAUGAAUGCGUCCAGGUUUCAGAGGGCCACAAGACCAGAGAGAGACACUUGUUCCUCUUCCGAGACGUCAUCGUCUUUGCUAAGCUCAAAUCCACGGCCACCUACCGCCUGAAGCACAGAGUCAACCUGGAGGACGUCUGGCUUUACGGCUUCGAGGAUGAGCUGGAGAACGAAGAGGACGCAAUGAUCGCAGAGUUCGACCUCAGACUGACUAUCGUCCUGGCCUGGGAACUCAGCUUCUGUCUUGUGUGUUUUCGCUCGCCUGAGGUGAAAGGACACUGGUGCGAUACUCUCCGCAGGAACAUUUUGGAUGCAAGAGUGAGAACGGGUUUUGCUUCUUCACCGCCAGACGUCCUCAUGAAGGUGUUGAGUGGCAGCAUCGCGACUAAAACUCUUACAGGAGGUGGCAUGGAGCAGAUGAUUGAUCUUCCCAUCGAGGGAGAUGCAAAGAACUUUGUUCUGUCAAAGCAGCUGAACAGCCAAGACGAGAGGUCGACACAGCUCAUAGAGACCAAGUGGAGCUUAGUGAGGAACAAGAUGAAGCUUAAGAAAGGCUCCUCCAACAAAGCAUGCCGGGCAGAAUCAGACUCCAAAGCACAGCUGUUCGGGCAGCAGCUCAGCAAGAUCUGCCCCGAUGAGUACUCGCUCCCCAAACCAGUCAUGGACCUGCUGGUGCUGCUGAGGAAGAAAGGCCCGUCCACAGAGGGCGUGUUUCGGAAACCCUGCAACAACAAGAACAUGAAGGACAUCAGAGAGCGGCUCAACUGCAGCAUGGAGGUCGACUACAAGGACCUGCCGGUGGUCCUGAUAGUUGGACUGCUCAAAAGCUUCCUGAAGGAGCUUCCUGGGAGCCUGUUGAGGUCUGAACUUUACGACAAAUGGAUAGCGGCGCUCGACAUUGAAGACGCCCAGCAGAGAACUCAAGAAAUCACAAAGGUGGUAGAUGAUCUCCCAGUGGCCAACAAACUCCUCCUGCAGUACCUGAUCUGCGUCCUCCACCACAUCCUGAAGAACGCAGACAUCAACAAGAUGGAUGCCCACAACCUGGCGGUAUGCAUUGGGCCCACGCUGCUGCAGCUGGAUGACACCCCGCUGGAUGGGCAGAGGGAAAAGAUGCAAAAGGUCACAGAGCUCACUCAGUUCUUGAUUGAGAACUGUGAGAUUCUUGGAGAAAAUAUCCCCAGUUUGCUGGAUACUGAUGAAGACUCUGUGUACUCUUUGCAUCACGACUCUGCUUACGACAGCACGGACCCAGAUGGAGAUGGAGAAGCGGGAGAAAAAAGGAGUUCCACAGAUACGGAGCGUGGCUCUUCAUCCUCAUAUUCCUCACUCAGCCCUUACAUGACCACCUCCACGUGGCAGUCUGAUGUCACCCUGAACGCAAAGACGACCAUCAACCGCCGCUGCUCUGAGCCCAUCAUAUUCCUCUCAGCUGAGCUUGCGAGUUUAUGCAGCCAUGCCAGGAGUCAUGACGACUGCUCGGUGCAGAGGAGCACCUUUGAUGAGCAGCCCCUGAAAAAACAAAUCUCUGACGACUCUUUCUUAAUGAAAAGAAACGAUACCAGCCCUGCUCUGUCUUUUCCCAAGCUGAGCAGCAGCCCCAACGUGGAUCUGAUGCCUUACAUGGGCAAGGACUGUUCGUGCUCUUCCCUGGAGAGCACAGCUUCCAAUCAGUCAGAGGGUUCGGUGUUUGCCAGCUCUCCAAAAGGGUCCCCUGGAUACACUAGAAGAAUAAAUGUCACCAACCAGCCUUUAGUGGCAACAAAUACUAAGCAGGAGAUUCCCAGACCAAUUACAGAUGAGAAGAAGCGGUCUCAGUCCAUGAGAGUGACCUCCAAAGUCCUCAUGAGGACCAGGAGCUUGGGAGCGUUCAGCAGGAGCAGCUACAAAAAAGACUCUCAAAAAGAGAACUCCUUCCCCUGUGAGACGCUGCCAGAGGACUCGCAAAGUGAAGCAGAUCCGUCAGCCGAGAGUCCGCGCAAACCGCGGCCUCAGUCCGCCAUCGAAGUGUUCAAGCACGUGGACAGCAAGCUGCCCAGCCAGCCUCCAUCCUACGAGCAGGCCAUGCAGAAUCUGGGCUUCCCUCCACAGUACAGAUCAAUGACUGUCCAAGACGCCCAAAAGCUGGAGAGGAGGUCCCGACCUUCUUCUGUAAACUAUGACUUUUCAACCACGGAGCACGUCUACAACCAGGACUGCUUUGCUCAAACGGCUCAGGAAUGCGUCCUGGAGCGACGGCAGGCUUUCCGUCCGAGAGCCAUGUCGGAGACUGUAUCAAUGGGCCACCAUGAGGUGGCGUCCCGGAGGUGCAGCCAGCCUGUUUUUGAGGAAUUUUCUUAUGCUAAGGAGUCUUAUGUUUAACUUCUAUCAGUUUUCCAGAAAAAAAAAAUCUAAAAGACAGUUUUUUAUCGGCAGAGAAACUGCACCAUGUGGUGUCUGAAGGUGCAGCUAAAGCAUUUGGAGCAAUCCAUCAAGACUUGGGGUCCUUCAGGGCCUUCAGUAAUGGAUUUCCAAUGAAUCACACACUUCACUACCUUUUGGUGCUUGGUUUCCUUUAGCAGAAUCCUCACCCUUCUCUGUAGAUGUGAGCAGCCCGGUACAUGUGUGUAUUCUAACAUUGGUUAUUUCAGUCAUGUGCUAUCUGUGUGGUGGCACAUUCUUAGUAGUGCUAUUAAAAGUACAAAUGCAUGUAAUAUACUAAGAUAGAUAUUUAGUCUAUCACAAAGAAGCUAUGAACACAUGUUUCACUGUGGAUAAAAUAUGCUAUUUGAGGUUUCGUUGCCUUAGUGAUGUGUAAAGCACUUUUUUCCCUUUUUUUGUGGCUUUUUUGAAGACGCACUUCCUUUCUGCAUGGUCUUUUUCUUCAACUACACUAAAGCACUUUUUAGAAAGUAACUAUGCUUUGUACAUUUGUUUGAUGGAAUUGUAAAUAAAAGAUUCAACAGCUGUAA